AUGCCGCCUCUCCGGCUGAAGACGCUCUUUCCCCUGAUCGCCCUCUUCUCCAUCGCCUUCUUCUUCUGGUGCGUCGACCGCUAUGACCGGGCCGCCCUGCUGCGCUUCAAGCGUCCCAUCGACCACCUGUCCGGUAGCGGCAGCAGCUCGCCUGCCCAGGUCCAGAUGCAGCCCCAGAAGCUCACCGAGAACUGCGAGAUCGACCCGGCCACUGCUCCGCCGCUGCCCUUCAACGAAUGGUUGAUGCGCAAGAACUACACCCGUGCCUACUUCCGCCCGCACCACGUCCACCCAGACACCGAGUUCCGCUCGCUCGAGGACAUCGACCAGCGCGUGCUGCCUCCCUUCCGUGCCCUCGAGCGUGGAACCGUCAUCUCCGACGAGAACGAGGACCCGACCCUGCCCUGCCCGCCCAUCAUCGACGUCGACGUCGCUGCGGACCACGAUGUGGAGGAGACUUCCAAGAUUCUGUUUGGUCUGGCCACGACUGCCGACCGUCUGGAGCGUCUGCUGCCCUCGCUGCUGUACUCCUACGGUGACACCAAGGCCGGAAUUCUGGUCCUCGUCCCGGAGUCUGAUGACGACCUCGAGAAGCAGGAGGCCUACUUCCGCGCCCGCGGCUUGGAUGUGACCAUCCAGUCCUCCCCGCUGGAGUUCACGGCCCGGUACUUUGGUCUGGUCGAGGCGUUCACCAACCACAUCAACACCAAGCGUCCCAACACCUCUUGGGUCAGCUUCAUCGACGACGACACUUUCUUCCCUUCGCUCGCCAGCGUCGCUCAGCAGCUGAAGUUGUUCGACCCGACCAAGAAGCAUUACAUUGGUGCUCUGUCUGAGGCCAGCUGGCAGGUCGACACCUUUGGCCACAUCGCCUUCGGUGGUGCCGGUGUCUUCGUGUCCAAGCCCUUGCUCGACGUCUUGAUGCAGUAUUACGAAGAAUGCCAGUCCUGGGGUGAGCAGCCCGGUGACCAGAAGCUGGGUCAGUGCAUUGAGCGGUUCGGUGACACCCCCCUGACGCUGUGGCCGUCCCUGUACCAGAUGGACAUGACGGGUGAACCCGAUGGUGUCUAUGAGUCGGGUCGGAAGAUCGAUUCCCUGCACCACUGGGGCAGCUGGUACACCAAGGACGUGGUGAAGAUGAGCACAGUUGCCGCGGCCGCCGGACGGCGAUCCGUCCUUCGCCGCUGGGUGUUCGACCAGGAGGAGAUUAUCAACAACAGCACGGGUGGCUCGAUCCGCUCCUUCUGGGUUCUCACCAACGGCUACUCCAUUAUCAAAUACACUUUCGAUGAGAACACCCCGGAUGAUGCCAUCAACUUCGACCACACCGAGAAGACGUGGGAGGAGGAAACGUACGGCUACGAGCAGCGUCUGGGCCCUCUGCGUCCCAAGGACCAGGAAGGUGUGACCAAGGAGCGCUGGAUGCUGAAGGAGGCCAUGGUCGUUGGCGACAACGUCCACCAAUUCUACACGCGCGAAGAGGAGGGCGGCCACAGCGUGAUUGAGCUGGUCUGGCUGGGCCCGAAGGGCGGUGGUGGUGCUGGUGUCGGAGGCGGCCAGACCAAGUUUUAA